GACAUAAUAGGCAAUUUCCCCUAAAACGGCACCUCUAAAAUAAAGAAAACACAUCCCCAUACCCCCUCCUGAACACCUACCUGCUGCUACUACUCUUUCUUCCUCUGGUUCUAGGGUUCUUUCUUCUUUGGCACACCCGUUUACUACUUACCCUUUAAUGGAUAUAUACACUGAAUCAAAUCAUUUGUCGAUUUAUUGAGUCUCUUAGUCUACAAUUCUUUGGAUCCAAGCAUUCAUUUAAUGACAAAUGAUUUGGAGAAUUUCUGGUCUCUACUGAAUUUUAACUUCAGGUACUGGUACGUCAUAAUAUUUAUGUGACCAGCUCAAUUCCCGUACCAUCAGCAGCAUAAAGGUAUCGAUUGUGUGUCUCCAUGUUGCGGGAGGGUUAGCAGAGGCAUGGCUUGUGCGAUGACCGCCACUCGUCUCAAGGGUUUGUUGAGCCAUCAGCUGCUAGUCGUUGCUAUCUGGUUGGCCAGCUAUCAGAAUGUAGUGGCUCUACAUGUGCCACAUAAAACAGGCGAAACUUCUUCCACAUCUGAACUGGCUAGCCCUCCCAAAAGUGGAAUCUUUGAACCAAUUGAGAUACCGCCUGCUGUCAUACCUCAUUAUCCUUUCCCGGUGAAGUCAUUGCCACCAAUGUACCCUUCGUUUCCGAAGACAUAUGACCCUGUCUUGACUGGAAGAUGCCCUGUGAAUUUCUCUGUUAUUUCAAGCAUCACAGAUAAGACAGCAUCUGAUUGUACUCGGUCUUUGUCAACAGUUGUAGGAAAUGUAAUAUGCUGUCCUCAGUUCAAUAGCUUACUCCGCAUAUUCCAGGGAUUUUACAGCAACCAUUCUGAUACUUUAGUUUUACAAAGUGCGGUAGCUGAUGAUUGUUUUAGAGAUAUCAUCAGUAUAUUAGCUAGUAAAGGAGCAAACAGCUCAAUUCCUGGCCUAUGCUCUGUGAAGUCAUCAAAUAUAACUGGUGGGUCUUGUCCUGUGAAGGACAUUGGCACUUUCGAGAAAACAGUGAAUACAAGCAAGUUGUUGGAGGCGUGCAGCACAGUUGAUACUCUUAAAGAAUGCUGUAGGCCUGUUUGCCAGCAUGCUAUUUCUGAGGCCGUGCUUCAGAUCUCAGGAAUAAAGACGAGUCAUGGUGGUAAGAACAUAGUUGGAGUGCCUAGUGAAAUUGAUACACUUAGUGACUGUAAAGGAGUGGUCUAUUCGUGGAUUGCAAGAAAACUACGAUUUGAUGAUGCCAAUUCUGCAUUUCGGUUGUUAUCUUCCUGCAAAGUUAACAAAGCGUGUCCCCUGGAAUUCAAGCAACCAUUAGAAGUGAUCAAUGCGUGCAGAAAUUUAGCCGCUCCUAGUCCUUCAUGUUGUAGCUCAUUAAAUGCCUAUAUUACUGGGAUGCAGAGGCAGAUGUUGAUUACAAAUCAGCAAGCAAUUAUGUGUGCUGCGGCAUUUGGUUCUAUGUUACAGAAGGCUGGGGUCAUGACAAAUGUUUAUGAGCUUUGUGAUGUUGACUUGAAAGACUUUAGUCUUCAAGCAUAUGGGCAAGAAGCAGGGUGCUUACUUCGAAGUUAUCCAGCAGAUCUGGUGUAUGACAACUCAACAGGUUUCAGCUUUACUUGCGACUUAAAUGACAAUAUUGCUGCUCCAUGGCCUUCAUCAUUGACCGGCACAUCUUUUUCUCUAUGUGCUCCCGAGAUGUCGUUGCCGGCAUUACCAACAUCAGAGACAUUAGGAAAUUCUAGCUGUCCCCGUGGUGGAGUGGAUCUCCUUGUGCCCAUUCUUUUGUUUUUUGUUUCUAUAUUGUUUUCAAGAGAUUUUCCAGAAAGCUGAUCCAGUUUGAAUUAGAGCCCUGUAGGUAGAUAGUGAAUGACCAGAUCACGUGUAUAUAUUUGAGUAUCCUUCCUUAUGUAUAGCAGCUCUCUUUUUUGCCAAGUCGAUUCAUGGUUUUGCAAUUAGGAUAAUCUACA